AUGUCUGAGGAAAUUGAUUGCUUCACGGAGAAACAUCCGAAGAGAUGCGCCGAAGAUGAGAUCGAUCUUCCUGCCAAGCGACCGUAUCAGAGUCAUCCUAUCGAAGCCGCCACCGAACCCAAUACCCAGGACAAUGUCCAGACUCACGACAAGGUUGUGGCAGAACCUUGCGUUUUGACCGCUCAGUUAUCUGAUUCUAGUGGCCAGAAGACCAAGGAUGGAUUCGCUAACUACAACCCCAAAACCAUCAAGGUCCCUGUGGUUACCGAUGUUCGCGCGUAUGUGGAGCACGUUCGUCACAAGGUCGCUGGCACCAUCGGAAUCCUCGCCAAACGGAACAGGCCAGGAUCGGUUUCGCCGACUGAGCUUCUAGAUCGCCUCGACCAGUUUUUGAACUGGCUCGAAACCCGAUCUUGGGGCCCAGAGACUCUCCCAUCCACAACUCGAAAGCCUCUGGAGAGCUGUCUCCGAUUUAUUUGGGAACCGACUCAAGCUGGCUUGCAGAUUUACUUUAGUGAAAGCCAGAAGACUCGAGCCAAGGCCCUCAGCAGUACGUGGGCUGAUAGCGAGGCAUCCCUUUUCGUUAAUGAUGAUGAGGACGACGGCAUGUUACUUGCCGACGCAACCGAAGACGCUGAGUCGACCAAGAAACCCAAGUCGAUCAAGAAGUCGGCCAAAGACCCUGGCGCCAAGACCGAAGAAUUCCGCCUCCCUCCGUUAGACCAUCCCAUCUUUGGAGUCGAAGGACCGAUGCGCGGCAUUGCUUAUAUACAAGGGAAGGUCAAGAGCUACGCAUACAACCCAGAGAUGGCGAACCUGAAGAAGAGCUCCCGUGCUUUCGGACAUAACGGAAUUGAAGCUGGUACAUGGUGGCCUAUGCAGGUUGCCGCCGUUUUCAACGGUGCUCAUGGAUCCUGGCAGGGUGGAAUAUCCGGCCACGCAAGCCAAGGUGCCUACUCAGUCGUGAUCUCCGGCGCAUACGAGAGUUGUGACGCCGAUUAUGGAACCACUCUUCACUACUCUGGCUCUGGAGCGCAUGCCCACACUGGCCAGGCACCUCAGAACAAGGAUGGCACCAAGCUUCUUCACCUGUCUCUGACGAAUGGUAACCCUGUCCGCGUGCUGCGAUCCGCUUCCGGAAAAGGAGGUGCCUACCGUCCUUCGCACGGCAUCCGGUAUGAUGGACUCUAUCGAGUUACGAAGGUCCACAUCCUCACGAACAAGAAGGGAGGAGCAUACUUCCAGUUCGAGUUACAGCGUCUUCCUGAUCAGCGAGACCUGAAUGAAUUGCUCGGAAUCCCCAUCGCCAUCCAACAAGCUCAGUGGUGGGCUGCAAAGGAGGGAUACUAG